AUGCACCUUCUGGUGGAUGCCAUGUGGAAGCAGAUUGUCAAUGACACCAAGGCGGUCCAAGUGGCGACCUUGGAGAGCCUGAAAGCUCAGGGCGAACAAAUGAAGAGGAUACAUGGAAACAUACAGAAUGUUGAGGACGGUGUGGAUGAGGCAGAAGUGGUGCUGGACUCCAUGGUGUGUUGUGGAUGCUUUGGGGGAAAGGCCAAGGCCAGAUCGAAGGCCAAGAGGACUGCCAGGGCUUUUGCCCAAACGAAUGGGUCUUUGAAUAGCAGAAAACCUGUGGACAAUAGCCACAAGGGAGACAACAAGGAGAUGCGGCUUUAUGGUCCAAAACCAGGCACCUUGGGUGCUGCUGAGAAUGGCGCAUAUGCUGAUGAGUACGGCGUUAUCCAGGAGCACAGGGAGAAGCAAGACAACUACUUGGACCAGAUCAGCGAAGCCCUGGACGUCAUAAAAGAUGGGGCUAAGGAAAUGGGCGGGGAGGUGGACAAUCAAAACAAGAUGAUGGAUGGGCUCGAAAAUGGAACAGUCAAUGCCCAAAAGCGAGUUGCGGAUGCCCAGGGGCACAAGGUCAUACGCAAACAUGCGAAGGGACUUGGGAGGAGGAUGAAAUAG